GGUUGACUCGACUCGAGAAGAAGUAAUAUAAGACUAUUAGUGUAAGUCACAAGAUAGUUGUUGCUGGCUAGUGCUUUUCAUCACAGGAUCUACCUUUGUAGUCCCUGAACUAGAGAAACUCGAAGAGCUGGAUUUUGAUUCGGAUGUGUAGAAGAUUCUGACGCUAGGACUAAAAGUGGUGGUAGUUGCAGAAGUACAGUGACUGUGUACAUGUGAAUGAUAAUAAUAUGGAUGCAGAGAGAGCAGCAACUAUGGGAACAGCCGCAGAUCAAACAGAGAUGUACAAGGCCAUGAUGGGUCGUCUAGAUGGCAUUACCAGCCAGCUAAAUGAUGUGAAAGGAAUGCUCGUGGAUUUGAGCAUGCGUAGUCACCUCCUCAACGUCGACACAUUGACCUUGAUCAGUCCCGAAUCACUCGAUAUUGUGGAAACGGGCCUGAGCCAAUGCGCUGAGGCUGAGAAUCGCAUCAAAUCACUGCUACAGGCCAGGGUUACCAACGCUGCUGUGGCGGCCACCGCUAUUCAGUCAUGAACAGUGAAAAUUACUGCAUGUACUUCAAGUACUAUAAUGUGCAGGUAUUAUGAUUUGAUCGUUGUUGUUGUUUCAAAUCUUCAUUCUCACCUUUGAAUGUUGUUGUUUGCACUGGUUUAUUUAGAAUUAUUUGAUUGUCCACUGAGUCAGGUCUGCCAAAUCAAAAAUUGUCAAAAGCAAAGUCUCUGGUAAAGAUAAUCGU